UCCUAUUAUUCUUUAUUUGUUGUUAUAAAGUUCAACGAUAAAGUUUAUCUGGAGAUUGUGAGACAAAAUAACGCCAGUUAUUAGUUUACAUAACUCUAAUCUUUUGAAUGUUUAUAUCAAAAAAUAACGGUAACUUUGCGUAUAAUAAAUUGAUACUUUUUUGUGCUUUUCUAAUCUACUAAUUACACUCCAAGCGACUUGAACUAUUUACUAACAAUGACGAGUUUUAAGAGAUACAGCUGUGAUGACGAGACAGGAGAAGUAAUAACCUAUCAUGUAAAUGACGAAACUGGAGAGCGGGCUGUGAUUAAUAAAUUACCUAAUAUAUACAUCGUUGACCGACUGUGGAGUACUCACAAAUUCUUAAAAUUUCCCCGUGGAUAUACAAGCAAGACUAAAAAAUUUCAAGAUCUUAAAGAAAAAAUAAUUACAGGAGCAAACACAACAAGUCCAAGGAUGCUACUUUUAAUACCCACUCUUAUGAUUUUCCCUAGUGUUGUCUGUGUGAUACUAAUGCUGCUGGAAAUAUUUUUGCAUAUCAGAUGCCAUAAGAAGAACAAAAAUUUGAAAGAUACAAACUUAUAUUACCGAAGCCCAUUCCAUGUAAUUACUAGCACAUUCUGUGGUUGGUGUCGUGAAUGUGAUAUGGCAUCUAAAAUUGGACAAAUACAAGACAAAAGGAGGUAUAAAUACGAUUAUCUUAGGGGUGCACUUUGAACAAAAAAAUGCACAUUUUAUUCAAAUUACAUUUAAUUCAUACAUUAUGUUAUACCAUUGUAUCAGGGAGAAAAUUUAUAUUAAUUAAUCGUUUUAAUACAUUUUAUCAUUUUGAACAAUUUAGUAUGAUUCAGUUCUUGAAAAUUAAAUCAAUAAUAAAUACAGUAUAAUCUCACUAACCCGGCACUGAUAAAAAUCAGGGGUGCUGGAGUUUCCAGAUAGAAAUUCCUAAUGAAUAAAGCAUUUCAUAAAGGGAAUUAAUUUGUUUUAUAGAAAUUCUUAGGUUGAGUCAAUCAUUGCUGUGUUGUUAGUUAGUUGUAUAUGUUACCAGAAAUGUAUGAAAUCUAGGAAUUUUAUACAAAUCCUAGGAAAUUUAUAUAAUUCCGAAGCUAUUUAGGAAAUGUAUAAAAUAUUGUUUCAAAAACUAUUUAAUACAUAAAUGCCCUAAGAAAUGUGUACAAUUCCUAGCAAUUGUAUAUAAUUCCAAUAUCGCAUUAGAAAAUGUAUAAAUUACAAAAAAAACCUAACCUAACCUAACUGAUCAGCAUGGAGGUUAGAGAGAAGGAGAACGACCGCUACGCGCUAAAGCAUUAGCGCGCCUGUUCCUGAAAAUUGGUAGAAUUUAUAAUUCGUUUUUCAGCCACCAGCCGCGCUGUCGUCGGUAAGGAGUAUCUGUGAAGUUAGCUGUUUAUGAGUACAAGUAGAUGAAGUUAGUUGCAUAAUGUAUAAAUUUUCUUCGCGGCAUCGGUGAGAAAAUAAUCGUGCUCCGUAAUUUUUUAAUUUUUGACGAAAAGAAACAUUAAAAAAUGGUGAAAUAUUGUAUUGUGCGUGGAUGUACAAGUGGUUUAGCAUCUGAUCGGAAAAUUAGAGUGAAAAACAAUUUACGUCAAUCAUCAUUAUUUAAAGUACCAAAGAUAAUAUCUUCAUAGUAGCACAUUGAAUAAUAAUUUCAUUAUUUUUUUUCCUUUGAAUAAUAUUAUAUACACGUAUAUUAAACGUUGAUACAUCAUUUCAAAUUAGCGCACAACAGCCCGCUUUUAUUGAGACAACUUAGCGAUCGCAGCGCCUCACUUAUUUUGUCCGUAUUUCGGGGACACUAUUUUCUACAGCGAUCGUUCUCCUUCUCUCUAACCUCCAUGCUGAUCAGACAAAACAAUGCCCUCUCCCCGCCCCGCUAUCCCCGCAUACCCAUAUAUUAUAUAUCCCCGCAUAUCUCAAAUAUUUACAUUUCCGACUGCUAUUUAGGCAAUUUAUAGAUUUCCUAGGAAAUGUGUCUAAUACAAUUUAUUUUACACAUUUCCGUGCGAUUUUAAGAAUUACAUACAUUUCUUAGGAAUUGUAUGCAAUGAUGGAUUACAUACAUUUCCGGUAACAUAAUAUACAUGUUUUAUAUUAUGAUUGUUGAGUGUUGUGAGCAGCAACAAUGCCUUAGCACAUCAAAACUUAGGUGCAGUGAGCAUUACCAGUUAGGGCUUGGUGGUGGAAUUUUUAUUAAUGGGAUUUUAAUAACUGUAACCUUAACUGUAUUGCCUACUAUAAGUAAUAUUAGAAUAUUCAAAUAAAGAUAAUUUAAAUAAAA